UUCUGUAACCACGACCCUUGUGGGGUAGGUCGCAGAUAUUCGUGACCAACGCGACGACAUACAUCAAAUAAACCUCGUUCACGCUGAAAGUGCGCUUUUCCGAAAAACAUCACCGUUGACAAGUGUACACACGUGCGUUAUCCUGGGAUCGAUUUCCGGCCGGGAAGGACCACCUCCGGGAAGGAAUUCAGGAAGAGGAUUCGCUCCUCCGAAGUGGAGUCGGGCGUGAACGGUCCUACGCGGCGUAACUAACGUCUACUUCCUUGUACGAUGUGAUUAUUACGCAAUAUUGAAUUUUACGCCUGUCACCAGACACGAAAACUCGACGGUCACGGCUGCUACAUCGGAAUUCUGUGUACAUCCUUUGGCUCCAUGGCGGAAAAAAUGUAUUACUGGGGCGAGGAGAAGGACCAGGUCGACCCCGAUCAGACCUUCAUACAAUUCAAGGCCAAAUCGGUGGCGACGGACAAGAAGCGCGAGCCGUCUCGUGCUGUGCCGAAGAUGACGGUGUCUUCGCCGCAGGGUAAAAUGACUGAGAUCGGCAACAGAGAGGAGGAUGCCGAACGCGGCGGUUGGGACAAUAAAUUGGACUUCCUAUUCUCUUGCAUAAGCGUCUCCGUCGGAUUGGGAAAUGUCUGGCGGUUCCCUUAUCUAUGCUAUAAAAAUGGCGGCGGCGCUUUCCUGAUCACUUACGGCAUUGCAAUGCUGUUUUGCGGAAUUCCUAUAUUUUUUCAAGAAGUCGCCAUUGGACAAUAUCUUGGAGCUGGCGGAAUGUCGCUGGUAGGACAACUGUGCCCUCUUUUACAAGGUGUGGGAUAUGCUACGAUGACCAUUGUAUUCUUCCUCGACGUAUAUUACUGCAUAAUUAUUUCUUGGACUCUUUUCUACCUCAUAAGCACGAUCGUGAAUAUACCGAGAGUACCUUGGAAUGGAUGCGGAAACUGGUGGAACACGUAUGAUUGUUAUGAUGCGAACCAAGAAAGCACGAGUAUGCACGGAAAAAUAAACUGUUCGAAUUUUAAAAAUAAUACCUGUCACCAUACCACACCGGUAGAAGAAUUUUGGGAACAACGAGUCCUUGGCAUCACAUCCGGCAUCGAGAGCAUUGGCAAGAUCCAGUGGGAGCUGCUGGGCUGCCUGAUUGUCGGCUGGCUGCUCGUUUACUUUAUCAUCCGCCGCGGUCUUCAUCAGAGCGGUAAGAUCAUCUGGUUUUCAGCCUUGUUCCCGUACGUGGUGCUUUUCAUUCUUUUGGGAAGAGCGGUGACGUUGGAGGGUUCCUACGACGGUUUGCUUUACUACGUGACGCCGCGAUGGGAGGAGUUGCUCAAUCCCGGACCGUGGAUAGACGGCGCUACCCAGAUCUUCUUCGCUUACAGCAUCGGCACCGGUGCCCUGCCCGCUUUGGGCUCGUACAACAAGUUCCAUCAUAAUUGUUAUAGAGACGCAAUAAUCACUUGCGUAGUCAACACCCUGACAUGUCUUCUGGCCGGUUGCGUAACGUUUUCGAUACUGGGUCACAUCGCCCAGGAACAGCAAACGCAGGUGUCCGAGGUCGUCAAGAGCGGACCUGGUCUCGUCUUCCUCACGUAUCCCGAGGUCGUUUUGAAGCUACCCGGUGCUUCGUUGUGGGCCAUUAUAUUCUUCGUUAUGCUGCUCAUACUCGGUAUCGACAGUGAAUUCUGCAUAGUGGAAUCUUUCAUAACCGGUAUGGUCGACUACUGGCCGGAUACGCUUCGUCCACACAGGAUCAAGUUCACCAUCGCUAUCUGCCUGAUAAUGUUCGCUCUGGGAAUUCCGAUGAUCACAAACGGCGGAAUUUAUAUUUUCCAACUGAUGGACUUCUACUCCGCGAGCGGAAUGUCUAUUCUGUGGGUGUGUUUCUUCCAAACGAUCGCGAUAUCGUGGAUCUUCGGGGCGAAGAAGUUCUGCGACUGCGUGCACCAGAUGAUGGGCAUUCGAAUGAAUAAAUUCUGGUAUAUCUGCUGGGUUGUACUCGCCCCCGUGAUCAUGCUCUUCAUCUUUAUAUUCCAAAUUGUGCAGUAUAAACCACUGAAAUAUGGCAGCAGCUACGAGUAUCCCACGUGGGCUGAGAUAGUCGGCGUAUGCUUGAGUCUCUCGUCGAUGAUAUGGAUACCGGGAUACGCGCUGUAUUACGUAGUAAUUACGCCAGGAUCAUUUAAAGAGAACAUUCUGAAGGGUCUGCAACCGAAUAUAAAAUCGCAUGCCAAGUUACCGAAAGGCGAAAAGUCAGCCGUGAUACCCAUGUCGGAGAGCAGCGCAGGCUUAAUUACGAAGAAUAACAGUUUCCUGAGUCAAACAUGAUUAGCGUUAGCAAUCACUUCUAACUUGUUAGGUUACACUUAUCUUAAAAGUAAUAUUUAUAGUAAGGUAAAUAUGUAUAUCUAUAUAUAGUGGGUCCAGCACGACUGGGCAUUCAGUAGUAAUUUGUGUCAAAAUGGACGCGUGUCAAACUAAUCAGUUUCAUAUAGUAUGCUCAGUUAAGCAAUCAUUAUACUAUUUGUUUAAUAAUAAGACAGUAAUAUAUUUCUUUAGUGACGUAUUUCUGGUAAGAAUGUCAAAGAUUCUCCUUAAUUCCUUAAUAGCUGGUUAAUUGUAGAAUCUUAAUUAUUGUAAUAAUAUUUUAAUAUUUUAAUAUUUUUUUAAAAGAAACGACUUUUUCGAAGAGACUUUCUCUAAAAGAGAUUAUAUAUAAUAUAUAUUAUAUAAUAAUUAUAUAUUAAUUUAAUAAUGAAUUAAUGUUUUAAAAAGAUUAGUGUUUUAAAAAGAAGAUAAGCAUAUAUAUUGUCUUAUAAAACCUGUUCGAAAUUUGAUUAUCUAAAUUCUUUGUUAAUAUUCAUAUAAACUAUGCCAGCUGUUAAUGUUUUAAGAUAGAGAAUUUUAACCGAAGAGAAAAUUAUUUCGUGAUUCGCAAUUAGACGACUCGUGUUGACCAAGCUGAUAGGAUACUCGAUAAAAGGGGUAUAAUAAGUAUUGGAAACAGGACGGGAAGGAAUACUUAGAAGUAAUAAUAGUAUACACCGCGCUAGUAUUCAGAUAGCUAUUUACGGGCAAUUUGAAAGAAGUAUAUUUUUAUAUCGCGAUCACGUCGCGAUAAGGUAUAUAAAUUUUUAACGGAGAGAGAAAGAGAGAUCGUUUGGUUGAUAAUUCGGCUGGUUUAGGAAAAUAGAAAGUUCUCGUGUUGAAGCACGGCCUGCUUAAAUGUCGAACAGAAAUUUACGUUUCGGUCGUUUAAUCAAAGUCGUGCACUGGCGAGUAUUCGCACAGCUGAAGGCUCUUCCUGGUGAGCGCGGUAGGGGAUUUGCUGAAGCUACAUGAAAUAAAAUAGGAGCAUAGCGUAUAUAGAGUAAGGUUAUUGGCACAGUUACGCAAAUAUAUUCACAAUAUCUGAAGUACAAGUAUAAUGUUUAAUAUUCGUAUAUAAAAAUCAAGACGCGACGACCGAGUGCGUUCACCGAGAAGAGACGUUUUCAAUUCCAACCAGUCGCAAUAAUCAACUGGACCGUAGCAGGAUACAGAAGAUUUCUAUCACAAAGUUUUAGCAGUUUUAUACUGCAUUCAACUUCGACGGCACAAAUUUUUGAUUUCUUUUCCACGUUACGACCUUUAUAAAACAUACAUUAUAAUGUGUUUACGAUGCGACGUAUAGGAUUAAAGAAAAUUUCCGAGGUUUUUACACGAAACUCAAUAUUCUUUUCGGAACAUGUAACGCCGGUCAUGCAUUUCUCUAAUUUUAUAGCAAUUGUUAUCUUCGAAUUUAAAUAGGAGACAUUUGCAAUCAAUUACCUUUGCAUUUGCAAUUAGCAUUUGCGAUCAAUUACAAUCGAAUAUUUAGUGUCUGAGACACUUCUAACAGUAUUUUAUAAAAUGAAAAGUUAAAUUUAUUAAGAAAGAUAUAUAUAUUUAUAUAUAAUUAUUCGAAAAAAUUGACUUUUUUUAUUUCACGAAUGUUGUCUUAAUUUUUUUAAAUCAAAGUUGCAACCAGAGUUUUAAUUUGCUGAUCGGUUCAAACAUCAAAAUAUCUUCUUGCAAAAAUUCAACAGUAUAAAAGCAUUUUGCCGUAUUAUUGGUAACAAAAUUGUCAUUGUUCAUGAUUUUUUUUUUCUACUACUUAAAAUCGAUGUCUCAUUUUUCCAACGUAAAAACAUUUUUGUCUGAAAGAUUUUUUAUUUGCUCGAAAUACAAAAAGCAAUAAUGGCAAACGGAGGAAGUGCUUUUUUCAACUGGCCUAAUUAAUUUGGGAAUGUUUUAUCUUAUUUAGUCCGUAAAGUAACUCAUAAAAUCGCGCGAACGCUAUUCGUCGAAGUGUUGCAAUUGUUGACGUUGUAUAAUACUAAGAAAUGGCUGAUAGCUUAACGCGAUAUUCGUUUCUAUUUUAGUACCGUAACUGUUGCGACGCGAAGUACUUCCAAUAGUAAGCUAAGAACCGAACGAUAUUAUAAGCCAGUUGGGGUCUGCGUUGAACAACGUUGUAUCUAUAUAGCAUUAUUAAUUUGCAAUUUCGUUUUAGCGACUGAUAGAUUGGCAAUUGCGAUGUGUACUUUACUGAUUUGAACGGCGAACUGUUUGUAACGGAUAAUCGUAUUAGAAUGAAAAUAGUUGUACACAUGCCGGGCGCGAAUCCCGCGACCGCGUUUGAUUAUUAAUCGACAAAUUAUUCAAUGACACGCGAACAUAAGAAUAAAAAAAAAUUCUUUCACACCCGUUACGCGAGCAACGGCUGCGAUUGUGUGUGUGUAACGUCGCAAACAUUUGCUCAGCGCGUGAUAGCAUAAUAACGUAUUUCCCGUGUGUAACUGUAUUCUGUAAAUGUAUUCAGUGUUACGUGCGCACAAAGCACGACGAAACAGAACUACGAGCAUAAAUUUCCGCAAUUACUUACACGGCAACGUUUCUGGAUAUGCGUUAUUGCCGAGUGGAUUUCCGACCCCACGGAUAAUUCAAUUAUGGCUCUACGAAUCGAUGUUCGGCCGCUACAGAAGAACAAUUCGUACAAAAAAUUAUAAAUGUGUUACACAAAUUAUAUUUCUAUAUACACGUAUACAUUGUAUAUGCACGUUUUAUACAGUGUAUAAUAAUAUAUAUUACCGUUCGAAAAUCAAAAAAAGGAAAAAACUUGAACCCAAACAGUAUUGUUCCUGUGAAUGGAAAUUAAAUACGAGGGGGAAACUUUUUCAUUUCCAAACUUUGAUUAAAUCUUUAAUUUUUCAUAAUACUUGCAUGCAAAAAAAAUAUUUGUAUUCGUUUGUAUUAUUCGUUAUUAUAAAUAAUAGGAAUUAUUAAGAGAUUAUUUUACACUCACACGUUUCCCGCGAAAUACUUUCAAAUUGUUCGCGAAACACGUGCGCCCGACAUUCAAAUUUCUAUUUAAUUUUGCCGAGAAUAUAAAAUUUCACUAAAUGUAAAGAGAUUAUUAUUUAGGUCUAGAUAUAAAAUUUGUUGUAUCAUUUGAAGAAAUAAAUAUUCAACAUACAUGGAAUAUAUCUUGAUAUGAUAUCACGGAAUUUUCUCAUAUAAAAUGGUAUCUUAAUUACGUUUCUAAAUUCUUCUAUUAUAUUUUUGUUUAAAUUGCUAUUUCUGGAUUUAUUUUGAAAUCUUCGAUUUUUUGGAUUUUCCAAACUCUGCUAAUGUAUUUGCAAGAUUUAUCGACUGCGUUGACACGGAUUCAGCGUGCUUCAUAUCUUGAGAGCCACAUUUUCCUACGUUUCACGGCGAAACGUGAUAAAGCAAGAGAGUGAGAAUCUUUCGUGAGGUGUGUAAGAAUUUUUAAAUAUCUUUUUAGCAAAUCAGAGAUAUUUCUAGAAGUGUAUAAUUCGAGUGACAUAAUAUUGUACACGCACUCGAAAACCGAAAUUCGUUUAGACUUACUUUCCGAGCAGUAAAAAAUGGUUAAAAAAAAAACGCGUUACUUGCGAAUGUGUACUGGCUUGCCGUAUUGUGAAUGUUUCACAUAUUUGUGACAUUACGUAUACGUUUCCGGCAAAAUUGUAUCGAUAUAUGUACUUGAAUAAACAUUAACGCCUAAUUA